GGGGGGGAGACGGUUGCUCCUCCCUCCUUGGGCAGGAGGCGGGCCAGGCGAUCCCUGAAGUCGCCUUCUUAUUAGUCGACGUUAGUGUCAUUCCCUGGCGGAGGUUCAGGAGGAAGCGGAAGCGGUGGCAGUCAACGAAGCAACAUGGAGGAAGUGGCGUUGGAGAGCGGGAACCUGGCUGGGGUCCAGCACAUCGUUCUGGUGCUCUCGGGAAAAGGGGGCGUGGGGAAGAGCACCAUCUCAACCGAACUGGCUCUGGCUUUACGUCACGCUGGCAAGAAGGUUGGGAUCCUGGACGUGGACCUCUGUGGCCCCAGCAUCCCCCACAUGCUCCAUGUGCAGGACCGAGACGUUCACCAGUGCGAUGGCGGUUGGGUGCCUGUCUUCGUUGACCAAGACAAAAGCAUCUCCCUCAUGUCCAUCGGCUUCCUCCUGGAGAAGCCGGAUGACGCCGUGGUGUGGAGGGGACCGAAGAAAAAUGCUUUGAUCAAGCAGUUUAUCUCGGACGUGGCCUGGGGAGAACUCGACUUCUUGAUCGUGGACACGCCCCCCGGGACUUCCGACGAGCACAUCUCCACCGUGGAAUCCCUGCGGCCCUAUAAGCCUCUGGGGGCAGUUCUCGUCACAACGCCGCAGGCUGUGUCUGUGGGGGAUGUGCGGCGAGAGUUGACCUUCUGCAAGAAGACAGGAUUGCGGGUCCUUGGGAUUGUGGAAAACAUGAGCGGCUUCGUGUGCCCUCACUGCUCGGAAUGCACAAAUAUCUUUUCCACAGGGGGUGGGCAGGAGCUGGCCAAGCAUGCUGGAGUCCCAUUCCUAGGGUGCGUGCCGCUGGAUCCGCAGCUCAGCCAAAGCCUGGAAGACGGCAGAGACUUCAUCCAGGAGUUUCCCAAGAGCGUGGCCUACCCAGCACUAGCCAGCAUCGCCCAGCACAUCUUGGCUGGCGUGUCCACAUCCAGCUCCUGAGGCCAGGGCAGAGACUUGGGAUCUACAUACACCGACGGCUCCUAGUUGAACAAAGAGGAGUGAGUCCAUCUGGCCUGGAAAAGUGGCGACUCUAAAAAGUGCUCCCCAAGGUGGGAAGUGUUUUUGGAAGGCAACAAACGUGAAGAGACUUGAGUUGGGCAAAGCACAGCCCCAAGUGUCUGAGAGAUACCCAGGCCCGUCCGUGCAAACAAGAGUCACUGGUUGAUAGUCCAGCAUUCCACACUUCCACCACUCUGAGCUCAGCGCAGUGGCGCUCCUGCCCACGUCCAUGUCUGAGAAAGAGGUUGCCUGCAUCCCCAGCAGAGCUAAAUAGUGCCAGCAGGACUGCGUUAUUUGGCACUUCUCGGUUUUCAUCCUCCUUCAGCCCUCUUGCACUGAAGCCUUAGUAAGUCGGUACAGCAUACGCCCCAGCAGGGCACAUCCUCAAGCCUUGAUCCAUCUUUGUCACUUGAACCCAGCAGAAUUAAUCAUGACUCAGGGAUUCUUCGCAACCUUGAAUUCAUUAAACAUUGCUAGUAAGACA